AGUUUAGUUCUGAUGGUAGAUGCAACUUGGUCUGAGUACUACACUACCAUCACGACGCUCUUUGGUGCGCUGCGAAAAGAUGACGUCGCCCCCCAUCCCACCCCCCAGACUGUCUGUCGCCCAGGAUGAGACAGCUUUGGGCUCACACUUAUAUCACCCUCCAUUCUCCUCAGCCGGACGUGUCCGGACAAUUCCACACUGAGCGUUCUUUGACACCAGGUCGGUAUCUAGCGACUGCCUCCUGCCAUUGCCAUCCCUACGCUUCAUCCGAGCUUGCAGUGGAAUCCUCUCUCUUUAUCGUCCCCUCGGAUCAUUUCGCCUAGAUCACAAUGGCUGUAGGCAGACCAAUCCUGGGUUUCCUGGGGCUCUUCCUGACAGCGGGUGCGCUGCUGCUGAUGUUCCUCACCCUGCUGGGUGGUGCGAAUAACCACAGGCCGCUGAACGAAAUCUACUUCCUCCAGGCGCAUACUGCCAAUAUCCCUGGGGCGCCUACAGAAUCAAGAUGGACGUUCUGGAGCAUCUGCCGGGUCAAUGUUCAUGGCCACAGCGUCUGCGGCUCAUCUCAUCCAGCAUUCCCAUUGGAUCCUCCCAGCAAGCAUAACUUCCACACCAAGACCAAUGUCCCGCAUGCAUUUAUCGGAACGAAUCACUACUACCUGAUGACCCGCUUCAUGUUUGCCUUCAUGCUUAUCGGGCUCUUCUUUGCGGUGCUCUCGCUCUUCAUCGGUCUUCUGGCCCUGUGCACUCGCAUCGGAAGCUUCGUGUCCUCAUUCUUGGGCUUGAUUGCAUUGACCUUCCAGACUAUCACUACCGCUCUCAUGACUGCUGCUUAUGUGGAAGGCCGCGACAAGUUCAACCGUAACGGUCAGAAAGCGCACCUCGGUGUCAAAGCCUUCGCCUUCAUGUGGACUGCUACGGUCUGUCUCUUCCUUGCCAGCUUAUUGUACUGCAUUGGUGGAACCAUUCGCAAGGACACAGGCUACAGUGGACGGGAACAGAGACGGCGCGGAUUCUUUGGUCCUAGGAGGAGCGGCUCGACUCGCGACUACGCUGAUGGCGCUGAUGGCGCUGGCCGCAAAGAGACUUCCGUCUAAACUAAGAGGUUUCGUAUCUCCGCCUGUCCAUGUAGCUCUUUGUCACUGGGAUUCCACAGCAAGUGUCGUACUAUCUUUACCACUCUCGCUGGCUGCUUCUCUGAAGGUCCAACAGCAGCUGCAGUCGCCAUGCGUUCGCUCUCUAGGGACAGCAGGGAACCACACCCCGCGAUCGUCAAAUCUUCCCCGAGUUAACGAGACAUGAUUUGGGUCACGUUUCCGCAUAUCUUCCUCUUAAUGUUCCGAGUCAUGUGCUUUGGGGUUUAUACACCCACCACCAUAGUUCCGACUACCUGUCACUCGCUUGCGCUGAAAGCCGCCACAUUCACAAGGAUGCUGGAUGUUUCCAUCGAUGGUCAUCCCCACUUGUUAACGUGUCUACGAUACCUACUUUAUUUCGUUAUAGCAACAAUACUAAUAUAAUGUAAUAUAGUUCAUAUUGCAGAGAAAGCCAAUACUUGCUAAAUACAUAUACUAGUCUGAGUGUCAUUCAUUGUAUA